AUGCAACCUAGACCUAGUACUAGUACCAACGUUUAUACGAGUGCUGAUACCACUCUCACUGUCAGUACUAAUGCAAGCAAUCAUGGUGGUGCUAGUAGUGGCACUAAUACGACUAUCCGCCAAACCCGAAUGCCGGUUCAGUUGCAAACAGUGUGUUUUAGCAUUUUUGCCACUCUAGACGAGGAGCUGUUUGUACCAAAGGGGUCUGAACUCGGCUUUGUUAACAAGUUGAAGAAGAACAAACCGGCUGAAAAACAGCUGCUGUUCAACAAAAUUGGGGAUCCGUUGACCUUCACAGUGUGCCAUUACGCGGGAAAUGUCACUUACAAUGCUGUGGGAUGGCUAGCCAAAAACCAAAAAUCUCUUCCUGCAGAGGCGGUCGCCUUGCUGCUCUCGUCCUCAAAUCAAACGCUUAAAGAGGCUGUGCCUUUUGUUGCUACUUCUGCUGCUAUUGCUUCUGCCGCUGCUGCUCAUGUCGCUAGAGGUUCUUCUCUUCCUGUGGGCCUCCGUAUUGGUAUUACUAAGUUUGUCUAG